CACGUCCGCGGCGCGACGAAUUCAUUUUCAAGUGAUUUUGCGCUACGAGAACGGAGGACCAGGAACGGAUUUGCGAGAUGCAGAAUGCACCAAUCCGCAUAACAUUGAAGUAUACACGAUACAUACCUUUCUGACGUGGUCCAUGCGGGCAGAUCAGCGCCGACGGAAGAGCCGCAUGUACCGAACGCGCGUCAAUUUGAAAGCCGACUGACGUGUGCACGCGAAAGCGGAAGGCCAACCGCAUGCUGCAGCUGCGGCAGCGGUGGCGAAGGCGGUAACGAUGGCUCGUUCACUUGGUGAACGCACAUGACUGGAGAGUCAGAUGUUCGCUCAACAAAUAUUUGCAAAAUUAUAUGUACACGCACGAAGCGACAUACAGAUGUACAAAUAAUGCUGCAAGCUCGUUGGGAACGUUCUCAGAAACGCAAGAAACUCUUGGCCCAAACGCUGGGAGUUUCCAGCGUAAAUGAAUUGCGACAGAUUCUAGGGACAGAUGUAGAAGAUACGCAGAAAAAAAGAGGCAGAGUAUCCAAUGACAAAUCCGACAGUACAAUAAAAAAUUUGAAAGAUGACGCAACUCCGACAGAUGAAAUUGUAUAUAAGGAUUCUUCGACAUUUCUAAAAGGAACACAGUCGUCAAAUCCACAUAAUGACUACUGUCAGCAUUUUAUUGAUACUGGUCAACGGCCGCAAAAUUUUAUUAGAGACGUGGGUUUGGCGGAUAGAUUUGAGGAAUACCCGAAACUACGUGAGCUAAUCAAGUUAAAGGAUGAUUUGAUCGCAGAGACCGCGACUCCACCAAUGUAUCUAAAAACAGACCUGCUGUCGUAUAACUUGAAAGAGCUCAAUUGUAAAUUUGAUGUCAUUCUUAUAGAGCCACCUCUGGAAGAGUAUCAGAGAACGUGCGGCGCAACCAAUGUACAACUAUGGAAUUGGGACCAAAUAAUGGAGCUGGAUAUCGGCGAAGUAGCCGCCAAUCGGAGCUUUGUAUUCUUGUGGUGCGGUAGCAGCGAUGGCCUGGAUAUGGGACGGUUUUGUCUGCGGAAAUGGGGAUUCCGGCGUUGCGAAGACAUCUGCUGGAUCCGCACAAACAUCAAUAAUCCGGGUCACAGCAAGAACCUGGACAGCAAGGCUGUGCUACAAAGAACUAAAGAGCACUGUCUAAUGGGCAUAAAAGGUACAGUGCGACGUUCCACUGAUGGCGACUUCAUCCAUGCAAAUGUUGAUAUCGAUCUAAUCAUAUCCGAGGAACCUGAUUAUGGAUCUAUUGAGAAACCCGUGGAAAUUUUUCACAUCAUCGAACACUUCUGCCUCGGUCGAAGAAGGUUACACCUCUUCGGUCGUGACAGCACUAUCAGACCCGGCUGGCUCACCGUCGGCCCGGAACUGACAAACACGAAUUUCAACGCGGAUCUCUAUCAAAGUUACUUUGCUAAUGGUCAAAUUACUACCGGCUGCACCGAGAGGAUAGAGGCGCUCAGACCGAAAUCGCCCCCGCCCAAAGGAAAGGUAUCCGGUCGAGGCAGAGGAGGUUUUAAUCGCGGUAGAGGUAGAGGAAGAUAAGUAAUAAGUCUCUGACAUCGCACGAGGAGCGGGAUGAAAAAAAUAAGGAUAGGGCAUGCUGUUUUAAUAUCAAACUUAUUGUUAUUGCAAGGUACAUUGUAAAGAACGCAUUAUUACAUACAACUUAACUAUCUGCAGAUAGUAUAUAAUAUUGCCUUUAUCUUUAAACCAUUAAUGAUAUAAAUCGGACUGCCUGAGUCGCAGUUCAACGGCAGGACUGUUAAAAUAAGACGCUAAAAAAAUCAUGCAAGAUCCAUAUUCGAUAAAUUUGUCAACUAAACCGUAUCUAACUGCGUUAUAGAUCGCACUAGGAACAAACAAACAUACAAUAUAAAAAAAUAAAACAGUUAUCUUUCACUGUUGUGCUGCAGAAGUAAUGAAUUAUAUAAAGUCUUACGCGCGAGUGUAGCAUAGGUUAAUUAAUUAAAUAAUGGCGAAGUAUCAUCCUCGAAAGACUAAAGAAAGCCGCACUUCGUCAGUCCGUCCGAAAUAUCACCGAGUUACAAAAAUAGAAAAAUUCUAAGGAAGAAAAACGAAAAGACGAAUGUUAUUACGAUGCUUGUAAUUAUUGCGGCAUGUGCUUUCGAAGACUUCCUUUUCAUAUUGUCUAUCUUAUUUAUUUAACAUUUUUUUCGUCAGAGUUCAGAUAAAACAAAUUGUUUCUCGCAUAAAGCGACAAUUAACUGGACACAAUUCCUAUAAAAAAAAAUACGCGAAUUAUCAUAUUCGUCAUAAAUAAUGACGAAAAAUGUUCAAUUGUCGCUGCCGCGUGUGUAUAUUCGACGAGAAAGUCAACGCGAUUGUAGAUAGAUUGAUUUGCGAAAGCUAAUUAAAAGUUUCUAAAUUUUCCCAUGUAAAACCUGUCCUUUGUUAACACGAUUCCGUUAAGUGCACAGCUGUGAAGAACAUCGCUCAAAAGAUUAGCAUCGCGCUCUUUCAGAAGCGGGGAGAAAUAAUUAAUUUUCUAUUAGUCUGAGAUCAAGUCACGUAUUUUGUACUCUGUAGGCUGAGUCAAGUAAUUAAUUUAUAAUAUAUACCAUAAAUAUAAGAGCUCUUAAGAUUAAGAUCGUCAUCGGUGAAGAAAAAAAUACGCAGACUUACAAGGUAGUUUUAUUGGUCCCAGUAAAGCUUCCGGUGAGUGAAAUGAAUCUAUCUGAGAAGGCAAAGUUUCCUCGUCCUCUAUUCCAUUCGAAUGCAUUUUUGCGUGGACACAUAGCGACAAUUAUAUAUGCUCUUUAUUUCUACUUCGUACAAAAAAAAAAUCUACCGAUGAGGUCACAAAAAACGCGCAUCUGUAUAUCGGAGAUAGGCUUUACUCGUAUAACAAACUUAAGCUCCUAUUACGAAAUAUAUGCGAGAUAUCGAUUUAUUACACUAUAACAAAAGGUAUUUUUUUUCUUUUUUCCCCCCUUUUUUUUUUAUUAAAUAUUAAACGCGUAGAAAUAAAUUGAACGGCGUUUAUUUAUUUCUUUAUUGCUAUCGUCUUAUCGAUCUAACGUAAAAAUCGUCUAUCAUAAUUUAAAUUAUGAUAGCUGUUAUGUACUUAUUCUCUCGUAAUGCGUCUUUAAACGCAACGCUACAUUUCUAUCCUUUUCAUCGCUAAUCCUCGUUAUAACGAUGACGUAAUACAAAAAGAAAGAUCGAAGUAGAGUAUUAAAAACCCUGGUACAACAUGGUCAUAAAUAAAAUACAUAAACGAUCUAAUUAAUAAUAAUAAUAGAUAACAAAGUGCAUUUUUUUCGUAGAAACAAUUGUAUUUCAAUGCUAAACACCAAUUGCGUUCGUCAACAAUCAGUCAUUAUGUUUCUUCACUUUAUUUUAAUGCGAUUAAAUUAAGAACAGUAUAGAUAGGCGAUCAUUACACACAAAUUGUAUCGUAUAAAUUAAUAGCGUGUACCUUUAAACAAUUGUUACUGAUAAUUGAUAUCCUGCUCUGUAUCGAUAACAAAAAACGAAAAUAUUUUACAAAUUACUGACGAAUUUCGUUGAUAACGAAAAAAAAAAUAGGCGAACUUAAAAUAAUAAUAAUAUCAGCGCGCGAAUACAUAAUGUGCGGAUAUCUACGUCGUCGAAAUGAAUCGUCCAUCACGUUGAAGAGACUCCAAAAAAAAAAAAGAACACAUACGUAUUAUAUGAAUAAAACACAUCGAUGAAAGAUAAAUAAAUAAGUUAUUCGCGCAAGACACGAAUAUUGUUAUUGCUUUCUUUAGAGAAUAAAUAAAUUAAAAAAAAAAAAAA